AUGGAUUCUCGUGAAAAUAUCACUGACAAAGCUAGGAGACUACAGGACAAGUGGAUCAAAACCAACAGCAAUUUCUUUCUCAUGUGGGACCAGUGGGAAAACCUUCCUGUUGGGUUCAAAUACUCAUUUCGGCCAAACUGUUCGCCACCAACUUGCGCACCCAACAACAACGGGAUGAAAGUCACACACCAUCAACCAUGCCAGUCAGGAAGGAAACUGCUGAUGCACUUGCAAAAAAAACAUUUCGGCAAAGAAGUUUUUGAUAUGUGCUGGAGCACUGAAGCUGCGCCCGAGACAUCAGUGGAAACACCAACUGCCUCAUCAUCGGCUGAACCCCAGUACAGCGGUCAAACGUUUGAGAUGUGCUGGGACGUCGAAAGCGAUCCAGCGCCCACCGUCAAUGCACCAGUCAGUGCACUGGUCAAUGCACCGGUCAGUGCACUGGUCAAUGCACCAGUCAGUGCACCGGUCAAUGCACCGGCCGAAGUAUCAUUGGCCAACACAAACUAUGGUGGCCAAGGAUACCAAGGUGGUUUUGACAUGUGCUGGGGAGAUGCCCAAUUAGUUGGAGAUGGUGACCGUGAAGGUCAUGUUACUGCGGCGCCCACCACCAGCUCGGUUAACUCAGGGGUGAACAACUCAGAAUCACCUGGGAGUCAAGAUAUUCAGGCAUCACUGGCACCCUCUUCAGCACCAAGCGAAGGCUCGACAAUAACACAGGUUGAAGCUGGGGAGGAAUUGUUGUGCCGAGCCGACAACCGGCUGGACAGACUUCGCACCAUCCUGAGAGAUAAUGAAAGUGAGGCUGUCACGGAGAUCAUCCGUGCCAACCAGUCCUUGAUCGCAAAUUAUUAA